AUGGCCUCUCAGUCUUUCAUAGGCUACUUGCCGCUGGAUGUGCCCCUUCCCCCAGCUCCGGAUACCUCUUUCUGGUCUGAACUGCAGUGGAAGACUCUCUUUGCGAUCUCGGACGCGAUCAUCCCAUCCGUUCGAACUGCCCCUCAGUCAGCAAAUGAUAAAGUCAUCUCGACCGCUGAAUACGAUGCGGCUGUAUCGAAGCUCACCUCCGUAAUCACAGGCCCUGAUGCGAGGGACCUCGCGAUUCAGUACCUCGAAGAGGAUGUUUCUUCAAAUCCCGUGUUUCGCGCUAUCGUGGAGCGCACCGUGGGUCACUACAUCCACGAUGAAGGCAGGAAUGGUCUUGGUUUGAUUUUGAACGCACUGAAUACUCGAGCGGGGUCACUGAUUUUGACUGGCUCAACUACUCCGUUGCAUCAGCAACCCCUUGCCUACCGGGAAAAAGUAUUCCGUGGAUGGGAUUCUUCUCGCCUACCCCCCUUGCGUGGCGUUUACCGGGGAUUGACCGCUAUCGUAAAGAAGUCAUGGGUGCUAGCCAGCCCAACCAUUGAGAAAGUCCUAGGCUUUCCACGUGUCCCUGUUCAUGGCAAACCUACCGAUGGAUUUUGUUACGAGUUCUUGCAGAUUCCACCCGGUGAGGGCCCCGAAAUAAUUGAAACCGAUGUCGUUAUCGUAGGUAGUGGUUGCGGUGGAGCGGUGACUGCCAAGAACCUAGCCGAGGCCGGGCUUCGAGUACUUGUGGUGGAAAAGUCAUACUGUUACACAUCUAAGUCGUUCCCAAUGGCACCCAAUGAAGCCUAUGUGAGCAUGUUUGAAAACUCAGGUGCCGUUGUCAGCGAUGACGGCGCGAUGGUUGUUAUUGGAGGUUCCACAUGGGGUGGCGGUGGCACCGUUAACUGGUCUGCCGCCCUGCAGACUCAAGCUUAUGUGCGUCAGGAAUGGGCAGAUGGAGGUCUACCCCUAUUCACCUCUUGGGACUACCAGAGAAGUCUUGAUCGUGUAUGCGAGCGAAUGGGUGUGAAUACCGAGCAUGUCAAGCAUAACCGUCAAAAUAAUGUGAUCCUGGAAGGUGCCCGCAAGCUGGGAUAUGCGGCCAGUACGGUUCCCCAGAAUACUGGAAACGCUCCACAUUACUGCGGACACUGCACUAUGGGUUGCGCAGCGGCAGGAAAGAAGGGCCCCACUGAAACCUUCCUUGCUGAUGCUUCAAACGCAGGCGCUACCUUUAUCGAGGGCUUGCGCGUCGAUAAGGUCAUUUUUGGGGACAAGAAGGGCGGGAAGCAGGUUGCAAUUGGUGUGGAAGGAACCUGGACAUCUCGAGAUCAGUAUCUUGGCCUCGGUGACAGUGGUACCACCAAGAGAAAGGUGAUUAUCAAGGCUAAAAAGGUUGUCGUCUCGUCUGGCACUUUAAACAGCCCUCUUUUACUGCUUAGAAGUGGCAUCAAGAACUCUCAAAUUGGCCGGAACCUUCAUUUGCACCCGGUCAUGGGUGCCGCUGCUGUCUUUGACGAAGAUACCCACCCAUGGGAAGGUUCAUCGUUGACGACGGUGGUCACUGAAUUUGAAGAUAUGGAUGGCCAUGGCCAUGGUGUAAAACUUGAAUCUGCGUCCAUGAUUCCAUCAAUCUUCAUUCCCGUGUUUCCCUGGGAGGGAGGCUUGGAAUAUAAGCUUGCUUCUGCCAACUUCCGUCGGAGCACAAGCUUUAUUACUCUGACCAAAGACCGAGAUGGCGGACGUGUAUACCCAGACCCAACUGAUGGGCGUGUGCGGAUUGAGUACCAGGUCUCCGCCUUUGACAGAAGGCAUAUCGUGGAGGGCUUGAUUGCCGCUGCGAAGAUUGCUUAUAUCUCAGGAGCGAAGGAGUUCGUCACCACCUAUCGUGAUAUGCCCCCAUUUGUGCGGGACGAUUCGUCUGAUGCUGAUUCCCCCGAGGGAACGAACAAUGCUGCCCUGCAGAAUUGGAUCGCCGAGUUGCGCCGCAAAUCUCCUCUGGAUGUUGAGAAGGCAAUGUUUGCCAGUGCUCACCAGAUGGGCACUUGCAGGAUGGGCAAAUCAGCUAAGACGAGCGUUGUGGACUCCAAUUGCCAAGUUUGGGGUACCGAUGGCUUGUAUGUCGUGGAUGCAUCUGUUUUCCCCAGUGCCAGUGGUGUGAACCCGAUGGUUACCAACAUGGCCAUCGCUGACUGGGCAAGUCAAAACCUUGCUCAAGCCAUGAACCAACCACUGGGCGAAAACACCCGGAUGGCGCGUCUCUAG